AUGAUACUUAGGAAUUAUUCUUGGUCUCUGAUAAUAAUAACUGUUUCUGCUGUCGUGGCGGAAGUUAUUUGGCUCGACAUUGAUAAUCAUGACAGCAUAAUCAGAAGUGCUCAAGUUGUAUUUGUUGCAUUUUGUGCUGACUGGUGCCCUUAUAGUCGUCGACUGAGACCUAUUUUUGAAGAAGCAGAAGCAGUGUUUGCACUGGAAAAUCCCACAGCAAAUGUAGUUUGGGCACUGGUCGAUAGUGUCAAGCAGGCAAAAAUUGCUGAUAAGUAUUAUGUUAAUAAAUAUCCCACGAUGAAAGUUUUCAUUAAUGGGGAAUUAGCUAGCAAAGAGUACAGAUCAACUCGAUCAGUUGAAGCACUCAUUGCUUUUGUCAAACAACAGCUUGCAUCAAGCAUGCAAAAUUUUUCUACGGUUGAAGAUUUGGAGCAGCUAAUGGAUAAAUCCAGGAGAAAUGUGGUAGCUCAUUUUAUGAACAAGGAUAGCGACGAGUACCGUAAUUUUCAGAGAUGUGCUGCUAUUUUGCGGGAAGACUGUACAUUUUGGGUCAGGAUUGAUCAAGGCUUGCAAUCAGUAACUGAAAAUGAAGUAUAUUUCAGAGAUCCAGAUACUGAAGACAACCAGAAGUUUAUGGGCAGUUUUACGGACUAUGAUUAUAUAAAGCAGUGGCUUACUGAUAAAUGUAUACCUCUUGUGCGCGAAGUUACAUUCGAAAAUGUUGAAGAGUUGACGGAAGAAGGGCUUCCUUUCUUGCUUUUCUUCAGAAAUCCAGAAGACAGAGAAGGCGACAGAAAAUUCACGGAACUGGUUAUGCGAGAACUGUAUGAUCAGAAAAAUGCAAUCAAUGCGUUGUUAGCAGACGGCCAUAAAUUUGCUCAUCCCUUAAAACAUUUGGGUAAAUCAAAAGAUGAUUUACCAGUUUUAGCUAUCGAUUCAUUUCAGCAUAUGUUUUUAUUUGAUAAUAUGAAUGAAUUAUAUAUUCCUGGAAAGCUUCGGCAGUUUGUUCUCGAUCUUCACUCAGGGAAACUACACAAGGAUUUUCAUGAAAAUUUGGAUCAAAAAAUGUUAAAUUUGCAAAAACUAGCUUUGGAAAAUUCCGAAACAUUUGACGAUAAUGCAAAGCCAGCUGCCAUAACUUCAGCAGCUCCUCCCUCUUCAGUUUUUAAGGAAUUAAAGCCUUCAGAAAACCGCUAUUCUUUGUUACAUAAAACUGAAUUGUAA